GCGCUUUCCCCAUAAAGGCAUGGAGCCCCGGCUCUGGUUUCUGAUGUGGAAGUGGGGGACGCUUCAGGUUGCUAACUCGCCCGCUCAGCUGCAGCGUCGGGAUGGGAUACCUGAGAUUGCUGGCAGCGUGUCACAGUUACUUGGGCUGUGACAUUGUCUUAAGAAUUUGGGGUCCAGGCAGCUCCAAAAAGAAGGUGUUUCCAAUGAAAUCUGUCUGGGGAUCAUGUCUGGGCAAAGUGUUUCCAUUGCAACAGUGUGUUUCGGGUUCCAGUCCAGCUCUCUCCUGCUCCUGUCUGCGCUGUCCAUGAUGGCGCUCCUUUGCGUAGCCCCCGUGCAGGGCAACGGGACCCUGGCCAACAAGAAGGUCGAGAGAGGGUUCCCCAAAGACUGCAGCAACAUUCCCAGGGACAGCCCCAGCGGGGUCCAUGUCAUCCAGACAGCAGGCUCUCCCCCUCGAGUGGUGUGGUGUGACAUGGACACCGAAGGCAAGGGCUGGACCGUUGUCCAGAGAAAUUCUUACAACACAGAGAUCACCUGGAAGGAGUCCUGGAGCACCUACAAGUACGGCUUUGGGAGCAUGCAGCAGGAUUACUGGCUGGGCAACGAGUACCUGUCCCUGCUCACGCAGCAGAACAUCUACAAGGUACGCUUUGUCGUGGAGGACAAAUCCAACAACACCCGCUACGCAGAGUACGACAUCUUCAGUGUCGAGGAUGAGCGCAGCGGGUACCCUCUGAGGCUGGGCAGGUACUCUGGGGACGGCGAGGACUAUCUCACCACCUACCACUCCGGCCUGGGGGGCAUACACGACAACAUGAAGUUCAGCACGACUGACAAGGAUCAGGACCAGGCCAGUGGGAAUUGCACAAGUAGCUAUGGAGGCUGGUGGUACGACAAGUGUCAGAACGUCCUGCUCAAUGGGAAAGGCUCCAUCUACUGGGCAGGGUUCUGUAAGAGUGGGGAGUGCAAGUCUUCCCUCAUCCUGGUUAAGCCAACAGACAUGUGCUGGGUCCGGCAGGAGGAGCCCAUCCUCCUUGGGAGCCAGCGCCGCUGAGAAGGGGAGACAAUAUUAGAUCAGACACGGCGCGCCAUCCCCCACCUAAUCAGUGCAGUCCCUGCAAUGCCUCCACUCUGCUCACCCCCUUCCCUGUUGGCUUCUGCACGGUAAAUCCCCUGGAAUAAAUGCUGAGAGCUGACCCCACCGGUGCGUUCGAAUGACACGAAGAGCGUGAUUGGUGUGUAUAACUGGACCCCCACUUCCACUCUGCCUCACUGGAAGCCAUGUCACUCACUACGACUUUAGACCCACAUUAACCUCUGCUUCUCCCAGCCCUGCCACUGCCCCUUGGCAUUAGUGAUCAAUGAAUCAUGACACUGGAUUUCUAGCAACUGUCAUUGAGCAUUUAAAUGGGGAAUGACUCAAAGACAGGACUUUACAUCUGAAUCCUGCAUGUAUUAGCAGUGGUGAGUUUAGGUUCAAAAACCUGGCCUCUGUGUUUUUAAUAAAUAUGGUUAUUACAUGAGAAAACAUUGCAACAGUAAUUAGUUGCUUAUAAACCACUGAGAUUAGAUAGACAUGCAACGAAACCACACAAUAAAGAUAUUGGUGUCCCUCUUCAACCCAAGGGGCUAGUCAAAGUUUGGGGCCCUGGGGAUGGGGAGCAGAAAUUGGCAGUGGAGUCUGGUAAUUUUUUGAUGUCUUGUUUAUUUACAAGGAACAUACAGAGUCCUGCUUCUCCAAACACAGCAGGAGCCAAUAGCAGGGAUUAGCCUCCCUGCUCUCAGCUCCAAGCCUCUUUAGCCAGCACCUGGCCCAAAAGCUCUCUAUGCUCCUCCCAAGAUGUAGUCCUGGCUGGUCCACUGGCAGGGGUGAAGAUGGGGGGGAAUGUGAAGGGGCGUUGCCCCCCCCGAAACUGCAUCUUUCCAUUCCCCUCCUGACCAUGGCCCUUCAGUGCAUCCCCAGGACACAAGGCCCUGUCCAAUUGGCCUUCCUGACAGAGCCUGCAUGGAGAGCGUGCGUAGGGGGGAGUGUGGGGGGCAGGUUUGGAAAGAGGGAUUUUUUCAGGGGGAGGGAAGCUGGGAGCCCUACCGGUGCUGAAUUUCCAUAGUGCAGAGGUUCAGCUGGGACAGGUGUCCAAACUGUUGGUACUUGUCUCAAGAUAAGUAGGAUGUGGGUGGUCUGGAAAUCUUAUCAUAGAAUAUCAGGAUUGGAAGGGACCUCAGGAGGUCAUCUAGUCCCACCCCCUGCUCAAAGCAGGGCCAAUCCCCAGACAGAUUUUUGCCCCAGAUCUCUAAAUGGCUCCCUCAAGGAUUCAACUCACAACCCUGGGUUUAGCAGGCCAAUGUUCAAACCACUGAGCUAUCCCUCUCCCCUUGUAAAGUCAGCCCUUCUCACCAAUUACGGACGUAUCUGGGGUUUGGCCUUAAUGGAAAUCCUGGGAGAAAGCCUCAUGCUACUGCUGCUUCUGGGUCCGACGCAAACCAGGAAGUACAGGACCACGGUUAAUAAGAGCAGCUCAAAAGAUCAUUUUCGCUGAGCCCAGCCCUGCACAGAUUUCCAGCUUAGGUUUGCAUUUUCAGCAAAAGUUCUUCUUGAUUAUUUUCUCCCAACCCCUUUGUGCCUCCAUAAUAGCCAGCCACCCCGUCAGUCGCAUCCUGGGGUGCUCCAGGGACAGGGGUGAGGGAUAGAGGAGCAGAUACACGACACACCUGUCUUCAGUUCCUUUGGGUGGAAGUUCCUGAUUGCAUGGAUGAAUUCCGUUCAGAUGGGCGGAUUUUGUUUGUCUGUGGUGAGAAGUGGGGCUGUCAGAGCCAGCAGGCAGGUGAGGACAGGGCCGGCGCAACCCAUUAGGCAACCUAGUCGGUCGCCUAGGGCACUAACAUUUGGGGGGCGGCGAGGUCGCCUAGGGCGCUAACAUUUGGGGGGCGGCGACUGUGGCAGCUGGAUCUUCGGCCGUGUGAUGUUUUUUAUAUAAUCUGGGACCAUAUAGAACAUGGUUGCAACCAAGGUCCGGUAGUGACACCAAAUCUUCUAUAAAGGGGGUCAAAUGAGGUGUCUAAGACAAGGUUAUGGUUUAUUAGUUAUGAUUAUGUUGUCUAUAUGUGUGUAUCAAUUUUGUAGUUGAAGUUAUGAAUAUUGGCUCUGUACUGUCUGUAUUUCAAACUUAUGCUAUGCUUCUGGGAAACAUCCCAGACAAGUUGGUGUUAGCUCUGCCUGGCCUGCUUGAUGGCCCAUUAAGGACCAUCAGCUAUACAACUGACCCAUGGAGAGAAGGCAGUUACGCCUUGUAACUCAGCAAAGUAUGCAGGAACGUGCCCAUGUGACUCCAGACUCCAUUUUGCUGUAAUUUUCCACAGUAAGAACAAAGAGGUGUUCUUACACCUGGAAAAGACUAUAAAAGGGCCGAUGCCUCAUCUCCAUUUUGUCUUCAAUCCUGCUUCUUACCUCUGGAGGGACUUUGCUACAAACUGAAACUCUGAACAAAGGACUGAUGACCCAUCCCAGCUGGGGAUGUUCCAGAGACUUGAUUUGAACCUGCAGUUUAUUCUAUCGCUGCUGCAAGCCUGAACCAAGAACUUUGCCAUUACUGUAUGUAAUUGAUUCGAUUUAACCAAUUCUAACUCUCAUCUAUAUCUUUUUCCUUUUAUGAAUAAACCUUUAGAUUCUAAA